AUGUCGUUUAGCGAUUUGGCCUUAACUGACGAUGAUCCCUUAUUUCGUGAGACACAUUAUGCACGUUACGGUUAUGAAAGAACAUUAUUGACCUACAUGGACCGACCUGAUGAAUUUCCUUCUACACGUUUUGAAAAGUUACCAGAAGCACCUGUACCUGAUUAUACCCAACCGUUAUCAAAACCAGUUCGUCAUUUUAUCGCAGCUUCUUCUUCUGAACUCACGGCAUUUAUAUCUCGAGACGGUUACUGGAACUGUCUUUGCAUUACGUUGGGAUUAGAAGCAGGUAAAUCCGAAGUGAUUGCCAUUGAUGCUGUAGAAGAAAACCAGGACAAAAUCAAGUUACUUGUUGCUUUAGCUGUAGCCGAGGUAUAUUAG